UUCCGGCGCAGUGGCUCUCCCUCCACUUCCGGUUCCGGCGCCGCCGCCAUGGCGGCAGGGACGCGGCUGCUGGCGGCUCCCGGCGCGGCCCGGCCCCGGCUGCCGGUCCAGCUCCUGCCCUGCCGGGUGGAGCGCGACGGGCCCGCGCCCGUGGCCGCCUUCCUGCGUGUCCAGCCCGGCCCCGGAGGCGAGCUGUGGGCCUCCUUCCGGGGGCGGCGCAUGGGGGGCCGGGAGCUGCCGCUGCCCGACGGCUACCAGGGGUUGCUGCUGCGGGAGGAGGAGCAACCCCCCCCCGGUGACGAGGGAGACCCCCAGGACCGGUGGGUGACGGUGACAGGGACCUUUGAUGCCAUCACAGACUGGGGCGCUGAUGCUGUUCCCCCCCCCGGCGGGGGGCUGGCCCUGGCGCUGCAGUGGGGGCCCAUCGCCCACGCGAUCCACGCCCCCGUCUCCGAGACUGAGGACAGUGGGGAGGAGGCGGAGCCCUGACAAGCCCCGCCCACGCGCGAAGCCCCUCCCAGGGGGCGGAGCAUCUGUAAACCCCACCCCCCACCCCCCCCUCAAUAAAGCAGCCAGA